CCGCUGCCGGGCGCGCUCUGGGUUCCUCUUUGCUGCUGCUCGCUCGGGCUCCCCAUCGGCGUCGGGAAGUCUCCGGAGUUUUGAUGGGGUGGGGGGAGGAGGACUGCCCCCUAAACUGCCAUCCAAAUUUAUAAUUCUAACAACCUGAUCUCCCGCUCCUCCCCGCCAGACUGCCUCCGCCCUGUUCCUCCCUCCCUCCCUCUCCCGCCCACCUCUUUGGUAGCCUCCCUUCCAGCCGCCUCAGGGUUGGGGGUGUCGGAACGUGGGGCGUGUGUCGGCGGGGGGGGGGUGCGGGGGGAGGCGUUGCUGGGUGGAGGCGCAGCGAUGUUCCCUUUGGACAGAGGAGUCCGGCCGCGCGCGGGGCCGCUCGCAUCCCCAAGCAUCUCAUUCCUAAAUUAAACGUCCUCUGUGGGGGGGAACUCAGGCGAAUUCUCCCCUCCCUUCUCCCGGGCUCCUCCCGGCUCCCCCGCCCCACGCCCGCUGUGGAGGCUCCCGAUGCGAAGGCGGCGGCGACGGUGGCGGCCGAGGCGGUCUGUGGGUGAUCACCUCGGCGAGAGACUUUGCCGUCGGCCCACGGGGACUUGGAGAGGAAGGACCGGCAGCCCCCUGUCCCUUCCCCCUCCAUCACCAUUGCGGACACCACGCAGGAGCGCGUUUGGGGGGUUCCUGUGGCUUCCAGGAAGGACGCGACCACCUGUCUUUGCGGCUGUGACCCUUCUCCCAUGACCCUGCGGUGCCUGGAGUCCUCCGGGAAUGGCGCGGACCGGACGCGAAGCCAGUGGGAGAGCGCGGGGUCGGCGGAGGAGCCGUCCCCGGAGGCGGCGCGGCUGGCGAAGGCCCUGCGGGAACUCAGUCAAACAGGAUGGUACUGGGGAAGUAUGACUGUUAACGAAGCCAAAGAGAAAUUAAAAGAGGCACCCGAAGGAACUUUCUUGAUUAGAGAUAGUUCGCAUUCAGACUACCUACUAACAAUCUCUGUUAAGACAUCAGCUGGACCAACUAACCUGCGGAUUGAGUACCAAGAUGGCAAAUUCAGAUUGGAUUCUAUCAUAUGUGUCAAGUCCAAGCUUAAGCAGUUUGACAGUGUGGUUCAUCUGAUUGACUACUAUGUUCAGAUGUGCAAGGAUAAGCGCACUGGCCCGGAAGCCCCUCGGAAUGGGACUGUUCACCUUUACCUGACCAAACCACUCUACACAUCAGCACCAUCACUGCAGCAUCUCUGCCGACUCACCAUUAACAAAUGUACCGGUACCAUCUGGGGACUGCCCUUGCCAACAAGACUAAAAGAUUACUUGGAAGAAUAUAAAUUCCAGGUAUAAGCGUUUCUCUUUUUCUAAACAUGCCUCAUAGAGAGUUAUCUCCGGAUGCAGCUAUAUAAAAAAGAGAGAGAGAGAGAGAAAACUAAAACUUGAGUGACUGCUCUGAAUAAUUGCGCAGAAUUCUUCCUAAGAACAGCUGAAGUCUGUUAAUAUAAAUGUAUGACGAUAUAGCUAAGUAUUUAAAGUUCCCUUAGAUAUUUGCAAUUGAGCGAUGCUUCCUUUCCUAAGGCAGACCAUGACCAGACAAUCCUUGUCAAUUAAACAUCCCAAGGAAGGCCCUUGGAAGCAUUUGAUCAGAAUGCCUUGCCUUUCUGAAACUCCUUUGCAUUAGGUCAAAGGUCCAAGCUCCCUUAGUAGCUAAGAGUUCCCCGUGGAGUAGCACCAAAGGAGGGAAGGAGCCCACCUGACCCAGGCCUAGCUUCAGUCUUACAUGCCUGUUGAUCAGAGUCAGUUUGAGGACAUUUUGUAUUUUGCAUUCUGAUGUACUUAGGAGUUUUGUUAAACAGAUCGUGCUUGUGAGUAUUUAUUCCUCAUUUUAUGCAAUUAAGCAAAUCAACCAAAAAAAUAUGACCAUGAAAUCCUGUAUUUGUCUUUUUACUACAUGUAUGAACUCUCUCCAGUGAACGAGUACUGUAGUAAUACAUUUCAAGGGAGCCUUAUUUCCGAAUCCUUUGAAAUUGGUGCAAAUGGAAAAGGCUUUCCCUUUUCCUUUAAGGCUAAAGACAAGAAUGUCAACGCUCUACCGGUGCAACCUGACCCCUGGUAAUAAAAUACCCACGUAGAUAGGUAGGUAUUUCACCCUUUGAAGUAGCUGUGUCCCAACCUGUUGCCGUUAAUUUUGGAAAUGGCUUUAGAAAUUUCCAAGUUGUCCUUGAAUUGUCUAACCAUGGACAUCAGCAGUUCUCUCCCUUCUACCAUGUAGAAUACUUUGACUUAAUUUUCUUCCAGAUAACAGGGGGAUACCUGCCUGUUUUUCCAAGUGUUUAUUUACUGCUGUUACUAUUUGAUUAGAAUGUAUUAAAUAAAAACAAACCUGACUUUUACAAGCUGCGCUUCUUACUUGGAGUUGUAGAGAAUGUGCACUGCCAUGGUCAUAAAAACUUACACCAAGUGAAAUAAGUUAAACAGUACUGACUCUCCUCUGUAGGUAAGGGACAUCUCUGUAGGCAAGGGCCACACCCAUCCUUUGGAAAGCCUGGUGUGGAAACUACAAGGACUGACAGCCUGGUUUUUCACAAGUUGAGUAGAUAGAGCAAGAGUACUCUGUUUGCAUUAAUAUAUGUAUAUAUGUACAUGUGUAUAUUUGCCACACACCGUCUUAUGACAGUUAACAAACAGAUUAUAUUUCUUGGAAUCCAUUUUGCCACCUUCAGAAUUUUCCUG